UCCGGGAGCAACCACGGGCAGAACGACACACGGAAAAGAGGAUCACCGGGCUUCAGUUUGAGGAAACAACGCGUGAAUUUCCGAGAGAUUUUUUUUUAUCACCUCAAACGGAGCCGUGUUUUGUGAAUAAGCCUCUGUGCUGUGAGUGUAACCCUCCGCGGGCCGCUGUUCUGUGAGUGGACUGUGCGGCGCUACUUUAUGUACCUGGACUUCGCGCUCUGCCCUACUAUGGUCAUUAUGGAGGUUCCCAGUAUCGACUGUUCCGCGCUCCGGGCGCUGCUGGACGGGGACGAGCCCGGCUGCCUGGUGCUGGACUGCCGCUCGUUCUUCUCCUUUAGCUCGUCUCACAUCCCCGGAUCCACCAACGUCCGCUUCAGCACCAUCGUGCGGCGGCGGGCGCGCGGCGGGCUCGGGCUGGAGCACAUUGUGCCGAACGAGGACACGCGGAGCGGGCUUCUGUCCGGUCGGAUCCGCACGGUGGUGCUGCUGGACGAGCGGAGCUCGGAUCUCGGCCAGGCGAAGAAGGACGGGACGCUGAUGCUGGCAGUGACCGCGCUGUGCCGGAACCCGUGCGGGGCGGAAAUCGUGUUUCUGAAAGGUGGAUUUGAAACAUUUGUCUCAGAGUUUCCUGAAAUGUGUACCAAACCAGUUCCCCCGCAGGGUCUCAGUCUGCCUCUGAGCGAUAGCUGCCAGUCUGAUACCACUGAAUCCGGCUGUAAUACCUGCGCUACCCCUCUGUAUGAUCAGGGUGGCCCUGUGGAAAUCCUACCCUUCCUGUAUCUUGGCAGCGCCUACCACGCCUCACGAAAAGACAUGCUGGACAUGUUGGGCAUCACAGCUCUCAUAAACGUAUCUGCCAACUGUCCAAACCAUUUCGAGGAACAUUAUCAGUACAAGAGCAUUCCUGUUGAAGACAACCACAAAGCUGACAUCAGCUCCUGGUUCAACGAGGCCAUUGAAUUUAUCGACUCAGUUCGGAACAAAGGCGGCCGGGUGUUCGUCCACUGUCAGGCUGGUAUCUCGCGGUCUGCCACCAUCUGCCUGGCCUACCUAAUGCGCACUAACCGGGUCAAGCUGGAUGAAGCUUUUGAGUUCGUUAAGCAGCGGCGCAGCAUCAUCUCCCCCAACUUCAGCUUCAUGGGUCAGCUGCUGCAGUUUGAGUCGCAGGUGCUGGCGUCCUCCACGUGUUCCUCAGAAGCAGGGAGCCCGGCGCUCAGCAAGAGCAGCACCGUCUUCAAUUUCCCCGUCUCCAUCCCCGUCCACGCUGCCGCCAGUCCACUGUCCUUCCUGCACAGCCCCAUUACUCCCUCCCCCACUUGCUGACUGGUCACCAGCAUUUCUGUUGGACCCGUUGCCUUCUGACUAAAUUGAACUUUUGUGGUUCAGAUGAUCACUGUGGUGAUCUUUACAGUGCUGGACAACUACAAACCUGUGUUUGUUUGUUUGUUUGUUUGUUUGUUUGUUGCUACAUAACAGUAUUUGCACACCUUUCUAGGGAGCAGUAGGUGGCAGGUCCAACCGUACUCCUCCAGACUGGCUGUGUUUUAAAUACGAGACAGCGGUCACUGAUUCACUGAACUGAAGGACUCAGGCGUUCAGUAGUGUGAGCAUGUUUGGUCAUAGAGUUAAAAUGAGGCUCCUGAAGUGCAGCAGUCUUACAGCAGUGAAAGUGACGCAACUGAUAAUCACUUUCUGUUUCUAUUUAUUGACAAAAGAUCACAGCAGUGGGUCUUACAGUUUUCUCAGGAAAAGUUAUUCUUUUUUUGUUGUUGACACUUUGUUGUUUUUGUUCUUAUCAAACACAAGUAGUCUGAGGGGACACGCGUGUCGACGCUCUAAGGUGCUAAUAAGAGUGACUCCCCUCUUCCUGAUUUGUUUUUGUUUUUGAACAAUGAAUGUAUUUAUCAUCUCUGGCUAGACUUGUUCUGCCUUGAGACAAUGAAAGUUAAAUGGACGUCUCGAUCAGGAGCCGCUCCUGCCUUUCAGAACUUCAUCCAGCUCACCAAGACGUUUGUUUCUUAGCAAACAAACACGAAAUACCUCAUGUGUCUGUAAACGUCUGCAGCCCUGUGAGAACCUUCCUCCCCCGAGCACUAAUGGAAGCAACUUGCAGGAGACUGUUUUGAUAUGUGAUAUUUAUUUCCUAAAUUAAUAUAUUUUGUAUGGUAUAUUUUUACACAUUUGUGAUACAUUUUGAUACGGAUGAAUAAACCAUCUUUUGUUACAA